UCACUUCCUUAUUUCAUUUAUCAAUUUUCUAGAUAAGUAUUUUAUUAACUCUUUCGAAUGCUCGAUUGAUUUAUAAAUAACAACCUAAUGUAAAAUAUCCGGAAAAACUCUUUAACCUAUUCCUGACUUUUCCAAAGAUAAAAUAAUCAAGGUCUAGUAUUCCAUAAACAGAAAUCCUGUGAUACUUAAAACGACAAAAAGGAACCAGUUCUAAUCUAUCGAUGUAGAAACAAGAUAUAAUGGAAAAUCAAGUUCUUCCUCCACUGAUCUUCCGCAUCCGCUUUAAGCUCUCACUUAAACCUCAGAAAAUGAUCAUUCAAUCUUGAAUGUUUACAGUCAACGAAUCGUGCGAAACGAAAAAAAAAAAAAAAAUAAAACAAUUAAUUAUUUUAUUUAAGAUUACAAUGAUGAUCGAUGUGUUAUUGUUGUUAUUUCUAGUUUUAAAUGUGAUAACGUGUAAAGAUAUUGAAGAAUUUCCACAACGAUCAAUGAUGUUAGCCCAAAGACCAACAAGAAUAGUAGGUGGAAAGAAUGCAGAAAAAGGAUUAUAUCCUUGGCAAUUGUCCAUUCAUUGGGGUGAUCCUUUACGUAAAUUACCACAAAGGCACAUAUGUGGUGGAAGUUUGUUAACAGCAGGCUGGGUAUUAACAGCCGGCCAUUGUAAAACUUUAGCACCAAAAAGUGGAGAAUUUCUUAUCUUAGCGGGCAAACAUAAGUUGGGUAUUCUUGAAGAUACCGAACAAAGUAGAAAGGUUGUUGAAGUUUUUGUCUAUCCUAUAUAUAACGGAACUGUAGCACCUUACGACAUAGCCUUGAUGAAACUGGAAUUCCCAUUCGAAUUGAAUCCAUUCGUAUCAACUGUUCUUUUACCAUAUCCUGAAACUAUUCCCGAAGGAGAAGCUAUAUUAACCGGUUGGGGAAGUAUCAGUAGAACGAAACUUCCAAAAAAUCCAGAAAUUCUUCAAGCCGCCACAUUGAAAAUAUUAGAUUACAAUUUGUGUAAACGUACGUUGGACAAGAGUUUACGUCACGAACGUCGAAAUCCAUUAGAUCAAACAAAUAUUUGCACGGGACCGCUCGAUGGUAGUUUAUCAGCAUGCAAGGGAGAUUCAGGAGGGCCAUUGGUAUCGUUAAAUGCAUUUGGACAAGUAGAAAUAAUCGGGAUAGUUUCAUGGGGUCUAUUUCCAUGCGGUGGUAAAAAUGCACCAUCGGUUUAUACCAGAGUAUCAGCAUACAUCACAUGGAUCUCCUGGCAAAUGUUGAAUCAUUGAUUCAAUAUUUUGACGAAUAAAUUUCAACGACAGAACCAAUGAAAGAAACGUUCUUGAUAUUGUUUUAUUAUAAAUAUAUUUUAUUGUUCAAUAAAAAACAAUUAUACCUAUAUAGAUACCCGACUGGUACUGAUAAAUAAUAAUUCGAUAGAUUAAUAAUAGAAAAUUAUGGCAUUUGUAGGGUUUGACUUAUAACAUACUAUCUAAUGGCAACUCGUUCUGUAUAUAUAUAUAUACAGAUUAUUAUAUAUAUAUAUAUAUAUAUAUA